CCCUUACAGUGGAUGGUUGAAGCCAUGUGGGGACCCAAGAGGUGGAAAGGGGGAGAUAGGAAAAAAUACUGAUUCAACCUCUCUUUUUAACAUUAUUUUAAUUCUGCUUUUUUUUUAUUGCAAUUUGGCAUAAAACUGUGAUUCUCUGGCUGAGUUAUAUUUGUAUAAUUAACACAUAUGUGAUAUAGUUCACUGAUCUGAAAAAGUAUCUAGGGUUUUGUAUAUUUUCAUUAAAUUUAGUGGCUUAUGAAAAGUUGGAAGGCAUGAAGGCCCUUAAAUAAUAACUGAGGUUAAGAUGUGAUUUAAUUUUAUUUCUAAUGAGGUUAUUUCAUUCACUCUUAAACAAAUCUUAUCCUGUACAAACAUUUGUGGUUAUUUCCUGUCACUAAAUGAUUUCUGAGCAGAAAUGGGAUGUGUGGUUGAGAGGCAUCUGAAGCUUUCAAUUAGUAAUCAGGGAAAAGCACCUGUGUGUUGUUGACUUGUCGCUGUGGAAUUGGCCACUGGGCAUUUCCAGUUAAAGCUUUCACCUCCACUGAGGAACAAAAGACAAUGGCUCAGCUUAGAAGCAAAAUGUCUUCGAGUGAUUUUGCAGGCCAGUUGUUCCUCAUUGCUCUGUUGGGCUGGAAUGUCCAUUGUAUUCCUACUAAUGGUUGGGGCCACUAUAAAACUGAUGAGGGCCGUGAAACCAUGAUGAUGAAUCCUGGCCCUCUAAAUGCUGCAUCUGGUCUUGAUCAUGCAGUUACCAAUUCAAUUGGCCCAGCUGUAUCACAGGGGGCUGAUGGACACUCGCAAAGAUAUUUGCCUCAUCCUCCAUCCACUCCUCAAGGACCACCCAUGAGAUGGGUGGCGGAUCCCCCAGGACAAGAGCUGCCUGGUCCUCCUUCCAAUCCACAUGGUCCAGCUGUGUCAUGGGUGGUUGACCCUCCAAUGCAAGAGUUACCAGGUGCUCCUUCCGAUCCACAUGGUCCAGCUGUGUCAUGGGUGGUUGACCAUCCAAUGCAAGAGUUACCAGGUCCUCCUUCCGAUCCAAAUGGUCCAGCUGUGUCAUGGGUGGUUGACCGUCCAAUGCAAGAGCUACCAGGUCCUCCUUCUGAUCCACAUGGUCCAGCGGUGUCAUGGGUGGUUGACCCUCCAAUGCAAGGGCUGCCUGGUCCUCCUUCAUAUCCGCUCAAAGCUGGUGUUUACCCUCCAGACUUUCAGGCAGGGGAGCUUCAUCAGUAUGAAGGAGGGCUGGAGAACGGUGACUCAGAACAAACUCAAUCGUUUGACAUUGUGGCUCCUCCACCGCUAUCUUACCAAAAACCCAAUUUUCAGAGUGGUGAAUUGAGCAGCUUUUCAUCAGUUUAUGAGGAAGGAAAUUCAGAGGGGGAAACGCACGACUAUAACCGCGUUCCAAUGUCUCCUUAUGCCUCAGCUGGGAUGUUAAACCCGUUCACAUCAGGCUUCACGUAUCCAAUGUCGCCAUAUGCGAGACCAGUUGUACCAAACCUGUUUUAUCUUUUCGUAACUGGUCAGCUACCUCAUGGCACUGUGUCACACAUUCAGUCGGACUACGAAACCGGUGAAGACCAUACAGCUCAGCUUGGCUUUGAACAAGACGAGGGUCACUUCGUUAAAAACUCUGUCAACGCCCAUCAAAACCAGAUUCCCACCGAUCAAGCAGUUCCAGGAUUUCAAUUAUCUGAACAGGAUGACGGUUAAAGGCAGCUCCAACAAUCCAUGUGAUUUGCUAACUUGAAAUUGUUUUGCCUUGAAUAAAAUACUAAAUGUGAACAUUUGUGGGAGUUUGUUUUUAUUUCUAAGCCUUAACAUCCUGAUCUAGGGCACGGUAACAUGCCUGUUUAGGGGCUUUGAAUGUGAAAUGCUCAGAUUAGAAGCGCUUGAGCAAACACUUCAAUAACACAUCCAACUUGUUUUGUACUCCAGGUCAGUUGUAUACAUUUUUAUACAUUUACACAACCCAAUCUGUUUAGACACACACGCACUUAAAGUGGCGCAGCAAUUUUAAACUUUUUUUUUUUUUUGUU